AGGUGGUGUUUUUCAGUCGGUGGUGUAGCGAUUAAAGCUAACUACAACAAGGUGCAACUAGAGCAACUGAUGUGAAGUUUUAGCAUAUGAGACUGUUGGGAUGAUUUCAUCAUCAAUUUGAUUCGCCAAAUAUGUUGGCUGACAAUUUUUCAGUGUCACUGUUUAUUAGAAAACGACAUCGCGGACGAAACACUAGCUAGAACAACAGCAAGCUCAGUAUUAUGCUGGACGUGGGGAAGUGGCCAGUGUUUGCACUCCUUCCUCCUGAGGAACUACGGCUUAUCCGGCAGGCUUGUGUCUUUGGCAGCGCUGCAAACGAAGCCCUCUAUGUCACAGUUAAUGAUGAGGUCUUUGCUCUGGGCACAAACUGCAGCGGCUGUUUAGGGCUCGGAGACCUUCAAAGCACUAUUGAGCCGCGCAGGAUUGAUGUCUUGUGUGGAAAGAAGAUUGUGUCCCUAAGCUAUGGAACAGGACCCCAUGUGGUUAUCGCCACUGCAGAUGGAGAGGUAUUUGCUUGGGGCCACAAUGGCUACAGCCAACUCGGCAAUGGGACCACCAACCACGGACUGACCCCUGCCCUGGUGUCCACCAACCUCCUUAGCAAGAGAGUGACAGAGGUGGCCUGUGGCUCUCACCACACCAUCGCCCUCACAACUGACGGAUAGGUGUAUGCAUGGGGUUACAACAACUCAGGCCAAGUCGGUUCAGGGUCCACUGCCAACCAGCCAACACCACGUCGGGUCAGCAGCUGCCUGCAGAACAAAGUGGUGGUUAACAUUGCCUGCGGUCAGCUCUGCUCUAUGGCUGUUCUCGACAAUGGAGAGAUCUAUGGUUGGGGCUACAACUGCAAUGGACAGCUAGGUCUGGGCAACAAUGGAAAUCAGCAGACACCGUGCAGGAUCGCUGCUCUCCAAGGUGUCAACAUCAUCCAGGUUGCCUGUGGAUAUGCACAUACAUUGGCGCUUACAGAUGAGGGCUUUGUUUACGCCUGGGGAGCCAACUCAUAUGGGCAGUUGGGAACAGGCAAUAAGAGUAACCAAGCCCUCCCCACUCAAAUAAACACAGACAAGGAGAGGAUGGUGGAGGUGGCUGCAUGUCACACCAGCCACACGUCUGCUGCCAAGACCCAGAGUGGGCAGGUUCUGAUGUGGGGUCAGUGUCGAGGUCAAGCUGUGGCCAGCCCCCACCUCACCCAUUUCAGCAGCACAGACGAUGUGUUUGCGUGCUUCGCCACACCUGCAGUCACAUGGCACCUCCUCUCAGUAGAUGGCGACGACUACUUAACCGUGGCCCAGUCUUUGAAGAAGGAGUUUGACAGCGCAGAGAUUUCAGACCUGAAGUUCUUGGUUGAUGGGAAGUGUAUCCAUGUUCAUAAAGCGCUGCUGAAAAUCAGGUGUGAGCAUUUCCGGGCGCUACUGAACGAAACGGAUGAGGACGCCAUAGAAAUCCACCAGUUCUCAUACCUGGUGUACAGAGCCUUUCUGGAGUACCUCUACACAGACACUAUCAACCUGCCACCAGAGGAUGCUAUUGGUUUGCUAGAUUUGGCCACUUUCUACCGAGAGACGAGGCUGAAGAGACUGUGCCAGGAAACGAUUAAGAGAGGCAUCUCUGAGGAGAACGCCAUCACUCUACUCUCAGCCGCUGUCAAGUAUGAGGCGCGGGACCUGGAGGAGUUCUGCUUCAAGUUUUGCGUCAACCACCUAACGGCUGUCACGCAGACCCAGGCCUUUGCAGACAUGGACCACGACCUGCUCAAGAACUUCAUUAGCAAAGCCAGCCGCUACGGGGCCUUCAAAAACUGACUAGAGCGCCCCCAGUAGUGACGGAUCCAACACGAUGAGGUUUAACCUCACUGAGGUGCUGAGAGUCGACCCUAGACCAAAGUAAACACGAGGCUGAUCAGCACUUCAAAGACUUGUCACCGGGGAUGUAAACACUGGAAGAGGCGCAUAGUUUAAGGUUUCACCCUCUAGCUGAUGCCUCUGUGCUGCUGCGCCCCCCCCCCCCGCCUAAGCCUUGCCCAAACACACUGAUUGCUUGAAGUGGGGUAGGGGGUAAAUACACAGUUAGACCACUAGUCCAGUCACAAGCAGACAGUGCAGAAGCUGAACAGAAAGAUGCGCCACAAUUGUGGUCUCUGUGUUGUUGACUUUGUGCUUGGCUGAUUCGCUGUGUGCUUUGUGAAGUGUGUCACCAGACAGAUGUGGUGCAGUGGCUUUCCUCAGUCCUGCACGCUAAACAUAAAGCGAAACACUGCAGUAAAUGUGUUUUUUUUGUUUUUUUGUUGUUUUUUUUAAGAACACUGCCCUUAGUUAAACAAAUGAUAAAUGUGUAUCUCACACUGUAGUACAUUAUGUCUGAUCAGUAGUGACAGGGAGUGAUCAGACACAAAUAAGUCAUACAUGCAUUGUCCUUUCACAUUGUGCUGCUUUUCUCCGAAGCCUUGAUUCUCAAAACUGUGUGGAUUGAGAAGUAGUAUUUAAUGAGGAAAACCACACAAGCUGUUCUUCUGUUUUUUACAAAACUGCAACUUAAGUUCUUUUCGUUUGUUUUUGUUCUGAUCAAAUCUAGUUUAUAUCUGAUCUGAUGAUAAUCUGUUCUCUUGUGUAAGUCAUUGUUACAUUUUUGCCACUUUUGUGUUUUUUAUAUUGCAGUUGUUCACCGUUGCCAUCCAAAGUUAUGGUUGCUGUUUGAUGUUUGUAUAUGACUUAACAUUUGCACUGUUUUACUGUAGACAGUUGCUCGGGCCACCGUCAACAGACCGAUGGUAAGAAAAAAAGGUGCAGUUACACUUUCUGAGCGAUCAUCCCACUGCAUGUUUACUUGUGUUCAGAUUAACCCUCUCUGUGCAGCUGAAAACAGUGUCUGACUUACACAAGCAUACUGGUUCCUGUCGACGAUGUUACACUGUAGAUGCAGCUGAGUUUGUUUUGUUUUUUUUCCAGUUGUGUUUCAUUGCAAUUUGGUAUGUUUACAAAAGUUUGGUUCAUUGUGUUUUUUUUUUUGUUUUUUUUUUAAUUAUAUGCGGGGCAGCAAACUUCUGCUUCUUUUUACAAGUGUUUCUUUCACUCUCUCCCUGGGUAGCACCCCAUUGUAAUUAAAUAGGGCUAGCUUAGUGUCAAUGCCAACUGUGACUGUGUUGAAUAUAGCCCAAGUCUCAUACAGUAUAGGACCACACGCUCUUUAACAUCCGUCUCGAUAGAAUGUAACAAAAUGCUUUUACUUUAACAAGCCAAUUAUUGUUUUGUUUUGUUUUGUUUUUUUGAUUUUGAUAAUCACAAAAAAAAAUGCCUGUGUGUUCUCAUUUUGUAUGGAAAAUGCUGCACACUGCUGACAGUGGCACUUAAGGUAACAUUUGACAAUCUAAAAUGUAUUAAAAUCAAUAACUGGCCAGCUUGA